GUAUCUUUUGUACGAAUGCAAUACGCGGCAACACUAGAUUGGUGUACUAUCCAGUACUAUCUUUAUUAAAAACAUGGCGUAGUUGCCAGUAACACGUGCUUUAUUUUUCAACGCUUAUUUUGCAUAAUAAUUUCGUAUGUUGAUUAAAAAAAAAAAAAAACGAAAAUGGAUGCAAGAAAACGUGGUGCGAAUGUAACAAAACAAAAAACACUAUUAUUACACUUUAUGGAAAAAAAUCCUCGUUUGAUGUCCGGUAAAUUUUUUGCUGAUUUUACAUUUAAAGAUGCAACUAUUUUGUGGCAAAAGCUUGCAGAUAUCUUAAAUAGUUGCAAUGGUGUAAGCAAGGAUUGGAAAUCCUGGCGAAAAUGCUGGCAAGAUUUGCGAUCACGUAGUAAAUCAAAACAAAGCAAAAUAAAUGCAGAACAAAGGAAAACUGGUGGAGGAAAUGAAUCUAAUCUUAAAUUAUGGUAAGUAAAACGGAAGAAGCAACAUUAAAUUUAAUUUCUCCUAUAUGUAUCGAUGGACACACAGAAGUUAAAGAAAGCGAAGUACAAAUAGAAUCAGAUACUGAGAUAAAUUUUGAAACUGAUGAAGUGGAAUAUCUUGAUGAAGAUAUAAAAGAUUUGAAACAAAUUGGUAUAAACAGUGCAGUCUGCUUUAAUAUGGGAAAUGCAGAAACCAAAGAUUAUAAUAAGGAGAAUACAUUAAUCGACAAUGCUGCAGGCAAUUCAGAUGAAAACGGUAAUAGUAAUGAUAGUUCAACUACACCAAUAACAAAAAAAAGAAAAAGAAUGUCACUGUCUCAAAAAUUUCAAGCAACACAACAGCCAACACAGGAUCUUGCAAAUAUAGCACAAAAAACAUAUGAUAUGCAAAAUACUUAUUACGAAAAUAAGCUGUUAUUAAGGAAACAAAAAUUAAAACUUAAAGAAAGAUUAGUUAGUGCAGUUGAAAAGUGUAAUCCUUCAUAAUAUAUAUAUAUGGUACUUUAUUCCUUGCGGAGUACA